AUGGCUCCCCAGCCCGAUGACCACAAGACCAAGGUCAACUUGACCGACCCCUCUGGUGCAGAGAUCAAGAAUGAGGACGACACCGCGACCGCGAUUCUCAAGAAGAAGAAGAAGCCCAACCAGCUCAUGGUUACCGAUGCCGUCAACGAUGACAACAGCAUCAUCGCCCUGUCAGAGGCCACCAUGGACAACCUCCAGCUCUUCCGAGGCGACACCGUCCUCGUCCGCGGCAAGAAGAGAAAGGACACGGUUCUCAUCGUCCUCGCCGACGAGAGCCUCGACGACGGUAGCGCCAGGAUCAACCGCGUCGUUCGCCACAACCUCCGCGUCAAGCACGGCGAUAUGAUCACCAUCCACCCCUGCCCAGACAUUAAAUACGCCAAGAGAAUCGCCGUUCUGCCCAUUGCCGACACCAUCGAGGGCCUCACUGGCUCCCUGUUUGACGUCUUCCUCUCCCCCUACUUCCUCGAGGCUUACCGGCCGGUUCGCCAAGGUGAUCUCUUCCUCGUCCGUGGUGGCAUGCGGCAAGUCGAGUUCAAGGUGGUCGACGUCGACCCCCCCGAGUACGGCAUCGUCGCCCAAGACACCGUCAUCCACUGCGAGGGUGAGCCCAUCCAGCGUGACGAGGAGGAGAACAACCUGAACGAGGUCGGAUACGACGACAUUGGUGGCUGCCGCAAGCAGAUGGCUCAGAUCCGUGAAAUGGUAGAGCUUCCUCUGCGCCACCCCCAGCUCUUCAAGUCCAUUGGAAUCAAGCCUCCCCGCGGCGUCUUGCUUUACGGCCCACCCGGUACCGGCAAGACCCUGAUGGCCAGGGCUGUUGCCAACGAGACAGGCGCCUUCUUCUUCCUCAUCAACGGCCCCGAAAUCAUGUCCAAGAUGGCUGGUGAGUCCGAGUCGAAUCUGCGCAAGGCGUUUGAGGAGGCCGAGAAAAACUCCCCCGCCAUCAUCUUCAUCGACGAGAUCGACUCCAUCGCGCCCAAGCGAGAAAAGACAAACGGCGAGGUCGAGAGGCGUGUCGUCUCUCAGCUCCUGACGCUCAUGGACGGGAUGAAGGCCCGCUCCAACGUUGUCGUCAUGGCCGCCACGAACCGGCCCAACUCCAUCGACCCGGCCCUGCGACGAUUCGGCCGUUUCGACCGUGAGGUGGAUAUUGGCAUCCCCGACCCGACCGGCAGACUCGAGAUUCUCCAGAUCCACACCAAGAACAUGAAGCUUGGUGACGACGUGGACCUGGAGCAGAUUGCCGCCGAGACCCACGGCUACGUAGGUUCCGAUGUUGCCGCUCUGUGCUCCGAGGCUGCCAUGCAGCAGAUCCGUGAGAAGAUGGACCUCAUCGACCUCGACGAAGACACCAUCGACGCCGAGGUCCUCGACUCCCUGGGCGUCACCAUGGAAAACUUCCGCUUCGCCCUUGGCGUUUCCAACCCAUCCGCCCUGCGCGAGGUCGCCGUUGUCGAGGUGCCCAACGUUCGCUGGGAGGACAUUGGUGGCCUCGAGGGCGUCAAGCAGGACCUCAGAGAGAGCGUCCAGUACCCCGUCGAUCACCCCGAAAUGUUCCUCAAGUUUGGCCUCUCCCCUUCGCGGGGUGUCCUGUUUUAUGGUCCUCCUGGUACCGGUAAAACCAUGUUGGCCAAGGCCGUCGCCAACGAGUGCGCCGCCAACUUCAUCUCGGUCAAGGGUCCGGAACUGCUCAGCAUGUGGUUCGGCGAGUCGGAAAGCAACAUUCGCGACAUUUUCGACAAGGCUCGCGCAGCUGCUCCUUGCGUCGUCUUCCUCGACGAGCUCGACUCCAUUGCCAAGGCUCGUGGCGGUUCCGUUGGCGAUGCCGGUGGUGCUUCGGACCGUGUCGUCAACCAGCUCCUGACUGAAAUGGAUGGCAUGACCUCAAAGAAGAACGUCUUCGUCAUCGGCGCCACCAACAGACCCGAGCAGCUCGACCCCGCCCUGUGCCGUCCUGGUCGCCUGGACUCGCUCAUCUACGUGCCUCUGCCCGACGAGCCCGGCCGCCUGGGCAUUCUCAAGGCCCAGCUGCGCAAGACGCCUGUGGCUUCCGACGUUGACCUGGGCUUCAUUGCCAGCAAGACGCACGGCUUCUCUGGUGCCGAUCUUGGCUUCAUCACGCAGCGCGCCGUCAAGAUUGCCAUCAAAGAGGCAAUCACGUCCGACAUUGAACGCACCAAGGCCCGCGAGGCAGCUGGCGACGACACGGCCAUGGACGAGGACGUCGAAGACCCCGUGCCCGAGCUGACCAAGGCUCAUUUCGAGGAGGCCAUGCAGAUGGCCCGCAAAUCGGUGACGGACGUUGAGAUUCGUCGCUACGAGGCUUUUGCCCAGCAGAUGAAAAACGCCGGCCCCGGUGCCUUCUUUAAAUUCCCCGAGGCCGGAGCCGACGGUCAAUCUGGCGGCGGCGCCGGUAACGGGUUUGGUGAUGCCGGCAACGACGAUGAUCUCUACGACUAG